AUGGCGACAGCGGUAUUAAAGCAGUCAGUGUUGCUCGCGCGAGGUACUCAAACUCUAGCCGAUCUUCAGACGACUAGCGGGAAGAAGGGAGGAAAGGCGUCGUCGUUUUUCGGAGCAUCCGUGGCAGUGCACGCAAGGUCUAGGUUUCUCUCCGGUGCUGCUGUCUGCAGACGCGUGGCCGUUCGUGAUACGACCAAUGUCGCAAGCCGUCGCUUUAACUUGUCGCGUGCGACUGCGGUGUACUCGACGGCAAAUGUUGCGACGGAUGACGUCGAGAAGGCCUAUGAGGUGGCGGACGCGGAGGAGCUCCUUAAAGAGCAUGGAGCGUGCGGUGUCGGCCUGAUCGCAUCGCUAAAGAACGAGUCCACGCAUAAGAUUAUCGAGCAGGGUCUGACGGCGCUGGGGUGCAUGGAGCAUCGCGGCGGGUGCAGCGCCGACAAUGACUCGGGCGACGGCGCGGGGCUCAUGACGGCCGUGCCGUGGGAUCUUCUCGACAGCUGGCAGCAGGAGAACGGCCGCGGCCCGCUCGACCGCGCCGCGACGGGCGUGGGCAUGGUGUUCCUGCCGAAAAAAGAGAGCGACGCCGAGACCGCCAAGAAACUGGUGGAGGCGGUGAUCAAGGAGGAGGGGCACGGGCUGGAGGUGGUGGGGUGGCGGCAAGUGCCAGUCAACGAGGCCGUGGUGGGGCCCUUCGCGCGCGUCACGCUGCCCACUAUCCAGCAGCUCGUGCUCUCCGUGCCAGGCCUCGCCCCCGACGACACUGAGCGCGAGCUCUACAUCCUCCGAAAGCUCAUCGAGAAGACUGUCACGCGCACCAUCGCAGCAGAGGCAGCAGCAGCAGGGGUGCCAACAACAGAUCAUCCCUUGAACGACCUGUACUUCUGCUCGCUGUCCAGCAAGACGAUUAUCUACAAGGGCAUGCUGCGCGCGGCUGUCGUCGGGGCGUUUUACGCGGAUUUGAAGAACGAGCUGUUCCGCAGCCCGUUUGCCAUCUAUCAUCGGCGGUUCAGCACCAACACCACGCCUAAGUGGCUCCUGGCGCAGCCCAUGCGGUUCCUGGGGCACAACGGCGAGAUCAACACGCUGCAGGGGAACCUGAACUGGAUGGUGUCGCGCGAGCCCACGCUCACGUCCCCUGUGUGGCGCGGGCGGGAGGCGGAUAUUUUCCCUGUGGUUAACCUCGCUGCGUCUGACUCAGCUAAUCUGGAUGGUGUUGCUGAGCUGCUGCUGAACAGUGGCAGGCGGCCGGAGGAGGUGCUGAUGAUGCUCGUGCCUGAGGCCUACCAAAACCACCCCACGCUCUCCGCCAAGUACCCCGAGGUGGUGAGCUUCUACGAGUACUACAAGUCGCAGAUGGAGGCGUGGGAUGGACCCGCCCUGCUCGUCUUCAGCAACGGGAGGACAGUGGGAGCGUGUCUGGAUCGCAAUGGGCUGCGCCCGGCGAGGUACUGGAGGACCAACGAUGACAUGCUCUACGUCGCCUCUGAGGUGGGAGUGCUGAACAUGGACGAGGCGACCAUUGUGAGCAAGGGCCGUCUGGGGCCAGGCAUGAUGAUCUCCGUGGACCUGCACACCGGCGAGGUGCUGUCCAACACAGCUAUUAAGAGGCAGGUGGCGAACGCACACCCCUUCAAGGAGUGGCUCGAUAAGGAGUCACGUCAGAUCGUCCCCAUGCCAUUCGCUGCUGAGCCAGCCCUCUCCCCUGACGAGGUGCUCCGCAGGCAGAAUGCGUACGGGUAUUCGAGUGAGGACGUGGUGAUGGUGAUAGAGAGCAUGGCAGCGCAGGCCAUCGAGCCCACCUUCUGCAUGGGCGAUGACACACCCCUCCCCGUGCUCUCAGCGCGCCCCCACCUCCUCUUCAACUACUUCAAGCAGCGCUUCGCCCAGGUGACGAACCCGGCCAUCGACCCCCUGCGCGAGGGCCUGGUGAUGUCUCUGGAGAUUGCGCUGGGGCGGCGAGACAACAUCCUUGAUGUCGGUGCCGAGCAUGCCAACGUGGUGCGCCUGACCUCGCCAGUGUUGAACGAGGCGGAGAUGCAGGAGCUCAUGGACGACAAGCAGCUCGCAGCAGCGCGCCUGCCCAUCUUCUUCGAUGUCUCCCAGGGCGUGGAUGGCGCUCUCUCCCGCGGCCUCGACGCCCUCUGCGCCGCUGCUGACGCUGCUGUCGACUCCGGAGCGCAGCUGCUAGUGCUGUCGGACAACGCCGACCAGCUCGACGCCACCCGGCCGGCGAUCCCGGCGUUAUUGGCCGUGGGCGCCGUGCACCACCAUUUGAUUCGCACUGGGAAGCGUCUUCAUGCGUCGAUAGUGGUGGAGACGGCGCAGUGUUUCAGCACACACCACUUUGCGUGCCUUGUGGGGUACGGGGCGAGUGCUGUGUGUGCGUAUGGCGCGUUGGAGACUGUGCGGCAGUGGCGGGCGAGUGAGAAGACGCAGAAGCUCAUGACGUUUGGCAAGCUGCCCUCCGUCACCUCGGAGCAGGCUCAGCUCAACUACCGCAAGGCGAUAGAGAAGGGGCUGAUGAAGAUUCUGUCGAAGAUGGGCAUCUCGCUGCUGUCCAGCUACUGUGGCGCGCAGAUCUUUGAGAUCUAUGGGCUCGGCGCCCCGGUCGUGGACCGCGCCUUCAAAGGCUCCGUCUCCCGCAUUGGGGGACUCACCCUCGACGAGCUUGCGAACGAGAGCCUGACAUUCUGGGCCAAGGGGUUUGGCGCGGAGGGCAAGGGCAAGCUGGAGAACAUGGGGUUCCUGCAGGUGAGGCAGGGCAGCGAGUACCACCGCAGCAACCCCGACAUGAGCAAGCUGGUGAGGCAGGGCGGCGAGUACCACAGCAACAACCCCGAGAUGAGCAAGCUGCUACACAAGGCCGUGCGCCAGGGGGAGCAGACCGCCUACUCCGCCUACCAGGCCCACCUCGCCACGCGCCCUGUCAACGUCCUCCGUGACUUGCUCGAGCUCGACACUGCGAGCCGCACGGCGAUUCCCUUAGAAGAGGUGGAGUCGGCUGCAUCGAUCGCCACGCGGUUCUGCACGGGAGGCAUGUCUUUGGGUGCCAUUUCCAGGGAGUGCCACGAGGUGAUUGCGGUCGCCAUGAACCGGCUGGGCGGGAAGAGCAACUCGGGUGAGGGCGGAGAGGACCCGAUGCGGUGGGUCGAGCUGGAGGAUGUCGAUGCAGACGGGCGGUCGCCCACGUUUCCCCAUCUCAAGGGCUUGAGGAACGGCGACAAGGCGACGAGCGCGAUCAAGCAGGUGGCGUCGGGGCGGUUUGGAGUGACGCCGACGUUCCUGGCGAAUGCGGAUCAGCUGGAGAUCAAGGUGGCGCAGGGGGCGAAGCCGGGGGAGGGAGGGCAGCUGCCGGGGAAGAAGGUGUCGCCCUACAUUGCCCAACUCAGGAGCUCCAAGCCUGGCGUGCCGCUCAUCUCGCCCCCGCCCCACCAUGACAUCUACUCCAUUGAAGACCUCGCCCAAUUGAUUUUUGACCUGCACCAGGUAAACCCAGCGGCCAAGGUGUCAGUGAAGCUGGUGGCGGGGCAUUGGAACACGGCAAAGGUGUCCGUGAAGCUGGUGGCGGAGGCAGGCAUCGGCACAGUGGCGAGCGGCGUGGCCAAGGCCAAUGCGGACAUCAUCCAGAUCUCAGGCCACGAUGGCGGCACGGGCGCCAGCCCCAUCAGCUCCAUCAAGCAUGCUGGCGGGCCCUGGGAGAUGGGUCUCACUGAGACGCACCAGACGCUGCUGGCGAACGGUCUGAGGGACCGCGUGGUGCUGCGCGUGGACGGGGGCAUCAAGUGCGGCACAGACGUGCUCGUGGCGGCUGCUAUGGGCGCCGACGAGUUUGGCUUCGGGUCGCUUGCCAUGAUCGCCACGGGGUGCAUCAUGGCGCGUAUCUGCCACACCAACAACUGCCCUGUUGGGGUUGCCUCUCAGAGGGAGGAGCUGAGGGCGCGCUUCCCAGGGGUGCCAUCAGACCUCGUCAACUACUUUGUCUUCGUCGCAGAGGAGGUGCGGGUGGGGCUGGCAUCGCUGGGCAUGAAGAGUUUGGACGAGCUGGUGGGGCGAGUGAACGCACUCAAGGCCAGAGACGUGGCACUUGCUAAGACCAACUCCAUCGACCUCUCCUACCUCCUCACUUACCCCGGGGUGUCAGCAGCGAGCAGCACGGAGCGCAUGGCACAGGAGGUGCACUCCAACGGACCCAUGCUGGACGACACCCUCCUCGCCAACCCCACCGUAAUGGCGGCCAUAGAGCAGAACAAGGUGGUGCAGCUAGCCACGCCCAUAGUCAACACGGAUCGCUCCACGUGUGGCCGUGUGGCCGGCGCCAUUGCCAAGCGCCAUGGGGACUCGGGCUUCACUGGCGCUGUCAACAUCACGUUCAAGGGCAGUGCAGGGCAGUCGUUUGGGUGCUUCCUGGCAGGCGGCAUGAACAUUCGGCUCAUUGGCGAGGCAAACGACUACGUCGGCAAGGGCAUGGCAGGGGGGCAGAUAGUGGUGGUGCCAUCCAAGGCAGCGACUUUCCAGGCCGAGACAGCCACCAUCAUCGGCAACACAUGUCUCUACGGCGCCACAGGCGGGCGGCUGUUUGUGCGCGGGUGUGCGGGGGAGCGCUUCGCUGUGCGCAACUCCAACGCGCAGGCCGUGCUGGAGGGCGCCGGCGACCACUGCUGCGAGUACAUGACUGGCGGCACCGUUGUGGCGCUCGGCAAGGUGGGGCGCAAUGUGGCAGCAGGCAUGACGGGAGGCAUCGGGUACUUCCUUGAUGAGGACGACACCUUCUCCCCCAAGGUGAACCGGGAGAUUGUGGCGAUGCAGAGAGUGGUGUCGCCAGGGGGCCAGGAGCAGCUCAAGUCGCUCAUCCAGGACCAUGCGGAUCUGACGGGCAGUGCCAAGGCGGCUGCCAUCCUGGCAGAGUGGGACAAGUUCCUGCCGCUCUUCUGGCAGCUCGUGCCGCCCAGCGAAGCCAACUCGCCAGAAGCCAAGGCGCCUGCUGCUGAAGAACCCGUCGCUGCACUUGCAUGA